CACUAUAUUCAUGUACUUGAGCUUGCAGUCGCUCAAACUCCCUACUGGAACUCCUGGGUACUUUUCCUCACCGUUUCAGCUGCUGAGCACAAUGCCACUCAUGCCACGGAGCGAAAACAGGACAAGCGCCUGCUCCAUCUUCCCAACAAUGUGGAGAACAUGCAGUAUUUUCUGCGCAUGGACUCUACUGUUCUUGACAGAAGUCUGUGCGCAGUCUCAGCGGAGAACAAUCUUCGCAUGUGGCGGAAACAUCACAGGAGAGUCUGGAGUGAUCGGGAGCCAAGGGUACCCAGGAGUUUACCCUCCAAAUACCAAAUGUGUAUGGAGAAUCACAGUCCCUGAAGGCAGAGUGGUGGUGUUAUCAUUUCGCUUCAUUGAUUUGGAGAGUGACAACCUGUGUCGCUAUGACUACGUGGAUGUUUACAGUGGCCAUGUCAAUGGGCAGAGACUUGGUCGCUUCUGUGGGACAUUCAAGCCAGGAGCCCUCGUUUCCACAGGCAACAAGAUGCUCCUGCAGAUGAUAUCUGAUGCCAACACUGCAGGGAGUGGCUUUCUUGCUGUUUUCUCCGCUGCUCACCCUCAUGAGAGAGGGGACCAGUACUGUGGAGGCCGACUGGAUAAGCCCUCUGGGACUUUCAAAACACCUAACUGGCCUGACAAAGACUACCCCGCUGGGGUCACCUGCUCCUGGCAUAUAGUGGCACCAAAGAAUCAGAUUAUUGAAGUAAAGUUUGAAAAGUUUGAUGUGGAACGAGAUAACUACUGCCGCUACGACCACGUCUCCAUUUUCAAUGGGGCAGAAAUAAACGACGCAAAGAGAAUUGGCAAAUACUGUGGUGACAGCCCCCCAGCGCCAGUUUUCUCAGAGGGGAAUCAGCUCCUGAUCCAGUUCCUGUCGGAUCUUAGUCUGACUGCAGAUGGCUUCAUCGGACACUACAAGUUCAGACCAAAGAAAUCCCCCCCUACCACCAUAGCACCUACCACCACAACACUACCAGCCACUACCAGGCCUAUACCUCUGAAGUACUCUGUUGCCCUGUGUCAGCAGAAAUGUAAAAGACGAGGAACACUUGAGAGUAAUUACUGCUCCAGCAAUUUUGUGAUAACUGGGACAGUCAUUACUGCUGUGAUAAAGGGAGGAAGCAUGUAUGCCACUGUCUCCAUCAUCAAUGUGUUUAAAGAAGGCAGCCUGGUAAUCCAGCAAGCAGGAAAAACUAUGAGCACCAAGAUUAUCAUCCUGUGCAAAAAGUGCCCAUUCAUCAGAAGAGGCUUGAACUACAUCUUCAUGGGACAGGUGGACGACGAGGGCCGGGGGAAAAUUGGCCCACACCACUUUGUCAUGGCCUUCAAGGCAAAGAACCAGAAAGGACUCAAUGUUCUGAAAAACAAGCAGUGCUGAGUUCCAGUAGCUCUGAGGAUCUCCUCUGAACUGGCCUCCCUGCGGCUCAGAAACAGUUAAGCAGAAAACAAAUCCCCUUCUCAAUGACACCAACACACACCACAAAAUAAAACUGAAUCUGGAUAGAGAGCUGCCAGCAAAAUAUAGAAUAUGCAUGAUUUAUUCACUUAAAGGAAAAUCCCAUUAGCUUUUGUAUUUUGUUGCAGUUUGUUUGUUUUUUGGAGCACUGAGUUAUUCCAGCCAGUCUUCUGUUAACAACAGUCUGUCAUUGUGUUUUGCAAACCGAGAUUAGGGUGUUGAAAUUUCCACUUCUCUUCACAGAUCAUUCCCAGCCUAGUCACAUUCCUGUCUAGCUCCUAGUGGGGGCUUAAAUCGUAGCUAGUAUGAGAAACAUUUUCUGUGUGCACAUCUGUUUUGAUGUCCCAUAGUGGCACUUGUAGCCUCCUAUCAUUCUAUUCUGCCUUUUUCACUCCCUCCACUUCAAGUCUACAGAAUACAACAGGAAUCAAGACCAGGAUCAAUGCUUUAAACAAAGAUCUGUCCAGCAAAAUCAUCCCAGAUUUGACAAGAAUUGCUAGUAUGUGCAGGGGAGUAAUUGCAGUCUUUAUGAUAAUGAUGAUGUCAACGUCUUGUCUUCGGUUUUCAUGAGAAAGGUUGGAUGUUGUAAAUGUGGUGAUUAAAGUGCAAUAUUUAACAUGUUUAAAAUUCCUUUAAAAAGAUUUGCCUGAUUUUAUGUGAAACCUUCCGAGCCAAAGCUCUUUUCUGUAGUUUAUGGAUGCCAUCAGUGCACGUCAUUACUUACUGUAAUUGUUUUAAAGGCAAAAGAUAUUUUCAUAAGGAAAAAGUUUAUGGAUAUUAUUUAUAUUUUAUUGUUUUCAUCUGCCCAAAUAAACUUCUUUAACAUU